AUGGUAAAGGUGGUCAUCGGCAACGUCGAUUCCCCUCACAUAAAGACGAUCCACGAGAACCUUCUGUGCAAGACCUCAUGGUUUUUCAAGGGCGCGCUCCGAAGCCUCUUCGCGGAAGGCCAGACAAAAGUGGUCAAACUACCCAACGAGGAUCCCGAGGUGUUCGACGGAUUUUGUGACUGGCUGUACGGCAAACACCCCGGUAUGGUGAGCAGCAAGAUUCGAAGAGCUCGCGAGAACAGCAAGAACUGGCAAAAGGGAUGGUUUGAAAAAAGCCGUCACAAAUACUGGUUCGAGGUGUUCGUGAUGGCGGAUCGCCUUAUGGUGCCCGCAUUGCAACUCUUUGCCUGGCGAGAGAUCGAGCGGAUCUUUAAUGCCAUAACAGCCGUCAAACCACACCUCGAUUUCAUUCACGCCAUGCUGGACGAAGAGCUGCCAGAAUCAGCAAACGUCAUCCGCAUGUAUGUUCUGCACCACUGCGCCCAUUGGAGCAUAGUGUCGCCCGGAAUGAGCAACUGGCCCUUUACGUCUGCAACGGAUGACGAACCUAUGGCUAUGGCGAUGUUAUCACUACUUCGAUGGAGCCUUGUGACAUUUCCGGCUGGACGUGUGAUGAAGCAUCCUUCAAGCAAUGCCUUGUUUCCUUUCGUCAACAAUUUCGACAUCAAUCGAUUAGGAGAGCAAGCGCAGGCGUUGAUGGAGGGACCAGAAAGACAUGUUACAGCUUUGAAAAUCAUGUACCUCGAUAAAGAGUCUCCAAAGAUCAUUGGACGAGAGGAGAUGUGACAAGCAUGUUGUCAGGGAGUCCGAGACAGCGUCAUUGGCGACCUGAUCGGUGACCAGUAAGAGCGUUGUUGCCCAAUGUCAGGACAGGGAGGACUCCAUUUUUUGUGCUUUCCCACCCAAGUCACCGUGGAGACUUUGCAUGGAUGGUAUGAAU